UUUGAUGACUUUGUCAUCGAUUCGCCACGAUUUGAUUCACUCAGAAUGGUGAAGAGGCAAAAUUGGUUCCAAUAUGUCUUUGAUCGAAAUCAUCGGCAAGAGGAUGCACCAGCUGUUGAUUCCCUUGUUGUUUCCCCUGUUCAUUCACCUAGUAUUCAUUCUAGUUCAGAUGCACAGUGUUCCUCAAUGUCAGCCCCUCCAAACAGGAGGCCUAUGUUGGUAGAACCUCAAAGACAAGCAAGACCACCUGCGAUUAGUCCUGCUCUUAAAAAUCAUAAGUGGUUCCCUUCUCCAAAAAAAGCUAUCGGAAAGGUUCGUACAGUGGCUCAAGAACUUCAUGCCACAUCUGUAGUGACUUCAGAUAAAGUUGUCUCGAUGCUAGAAGGUAUUAGGCUUGAAAAAAAACAACAAGAACAAGCAAAAGAGGAGAGAAAAACGAAGCGCUUAGUUGCUGAAUUAGCUAAACGCAACAAGCCAAGUGUUCCAGCUAAAAGAAAGUUGCUGCCAGCAACAAAAAUGGCAAAGAAGAAACCAAAAAAAUUUUCCAUUACAUAAAAAAAUUAUUCAACAAUUAUUUAAAUAUAUUUUUAAUACCA